AUGUCUACUAUCAACGGCACAACCAUCCUCAUCGUCGGUGGCUCCUCUGGGAUUGGCUAUGCAGUUGCGAAAAAGGCUCUUGCCCACAAUGCCAAUGUUCACAUUGCAUCGUCUAACUCUUCCCGCGUCUCAGAAAGCAUCAAGUCUCUGAAGAACGAUGUUCCCAAUGGGAAUGUUUUCGGGCAUACUUGUGACCUCGCCGGACAUGAUGUAGAGGAAAUUCUCAAGAACCUUCUCGCUACCAUCGGCCCACUUGACCACAUUGUCUUCACCGCUGGGGACAGUCUUGCCAUCCAGCCUUUGGAUAAUAUCGACCUUGACGCAAUUCACCGGGCUGGACAUAUUCGUUUUGCCGUGCCUCUCCUGCUCGCUAAACUUGCCCCUCAGUUCAUGAACCCAGGCUAUAAAUCAUCCAUCACCUUGACCACAGGGGCAGGCUCUCAGAAACCGUUCCCCAACUGGUCAUUGGUUGCUGGGUACCUCACAGGCCUUCAUGGGUUGACUCGUAACCUGGCAGUCGACCUGAAGCCAUUGCGAGUCAACCUCGUCAGUCCUGGUAUAGUUACCACCCCUCUUUGGGGACCGGCGGGUGUAUCAGAGGAACUGAAGAAUUGCACGACUCUAGGCAAAGUUGGAAUGCCGGAAGAAGUUGCAGAAGCAUAUCUAUACCUGAUGAAAGAUACCAACGCGAGUGGCAGCUGUGUGAGCACCAAUGCUGGAUCCAUACUUCUAUAG